AUGGCUCAUAAAAGAAUAUACUUUGAUGAUAUUUUCUUUACGUCGAACGAUCCAUUCGAAUCUAUCGACCAAAUGCUAGACGAAGCUAAUAAGUUUCAUCCAAACAUUAAACUAGUACGACAAAUCGGUAGAAGUGUUCUAUUUCUUGAUGUACUCAUUCAGAACAGUAACGGAGCAUUAAUAACUUCGGUGUAUCAUGAAGAAGCAACUGAGUCAUAUGUGGUACCAUUUGGAUCAAAUCAUCCUGGUCAUAUUUUUAGAAACACUGUUGAUACUGAUAUUACAAGAGCAGUUCGUUAUUCAACAACCUUAUCUCAAUUCGAAGAAGAAAUACGACAAAUGAAACUCAUGUUUCUCUAUAAUAGGUGA